UCCAGCGGCCGCCGGCGCGCUGCACAGAUUCGUCACGAGCGGUCGGCACCGACCCCAGAGACUAAAAACCCGCCGCAGCCCCGCAGACGCCCGAAGACUCGAGCUCGAGACCGCCUGCUGGCUGCGACUGAACCAUCGCGACUGAACCAGGGCAGGGGCCGGGGCCGGGGCCGCGGCGCCGUGGCGAAUCGGCGGCAGUCGGGAACCGUGCGCGCAGCGGCUGCCCGCAGCAGCCGGGUCGCGGUAGGGGCCGGACUGGGGUCCGGGGCUGGAUCGCCUUGGUAGCCCUCAGACCGUGGUGGCCUGACCUUGGGCCCGGGUCCGCCCGUGGUGCAGACGCCGGGCCGGGGUCCCGGGGUUUCCCGGCGUAGCCCCCAGCGGGACACAGCAGACUGUCCCCCGGGGGCCGCGGUUGGGAAGGGUUAGGGUUCGGGUUAGGGUUCCUGCCCUGCGGACGGGCACCGUGCGGGACUGGAGCGGAUCAGAGCCGGGAGGGAGGCAGGGACAGGAGAAGCGAGGACCGUGCGUCCAGGGGGAGCACACUAGGAGCUCCCGAGAGUUGGGGACAUGCCUCUUUACUCUUAGGCCGUGUCCCCUGCGUCCGCGCCACAGACUACUUAAUCUUGCAUUUUCCUGGGACCCUCAGGCCUGUCCUGCAGGAUGGAGCCCGCGCCCUCUGCCGUCAGGCUCACUGUCCGAGAAGCCAUUCACACACUUUCUUCUUCUGAGGACAGUGACCAAAUCCUGUCCACCUUGGGGUCCCUGAAGCGGUAUCUGGGUGACACGGAGCAUCCAGUCCUCUGCGGGGAGAAGGAGGAGUUUGCCACCGUCCACUUUUCAGCCUUUCUCAGAUGUCUGGUCAACAAACUGAGCCCCAGCUGGCUGGAGCAGUUCCCCGAUGGCCAGCUGGAGGAGCUCUGGGAAAGCUUCUUCCUGGAGGGCCCUGCUGACCAGGCCUUCCUGGUGCUGAUGGAGGCCAUCGAGGGCACUGUGGGCCCCAGCUUCCGUCUUAUGAAGAUGGCACAACUGCUGACGACAUUCCUCAGCAAGGGCAGGGUGGCAGCUCUAAUGAAGGAGCAGUGUCGGCCCCAGAUGAAGCCUGGCUUCCCCCUGCUCCAGGAGACGCUGCUCAGCAAGGUGGUGGGCUUGCCUGACCGUCUGGGUAACUGUCUGCAGCAGGAGAACCUGCCCCAGUUCUUCCCCCAGAGCUACUUCCCUCUGCUUGGCAAGGAGGCUGUCCAGGCACUGCAGACAGUCGUAGACUCCCUUCGAGGUGGCCAGGACUGCUCUGUCUCCUUCGUGUCUCGAGUUCUGGGGAAGGUCUGCAUCCAGGGGAGACAGAAGGAGAUCUUGGGUGUGCUGGUGCCCUGGCUGACAGAGCUCACCCAGGACAGCUGUCUGUGGCAGCGUGUCUGCUGGCGCCUGGUGGAGCAAGUACCUGACCGGGCCAUGGAAGCUGUGCUGACUGGGCUUGUGGAGGCCAGUCCAGGACCUGAAGUCCUGUCUCGACUACUGGGGAACCUGGUGGUGAAGAACAAAAAAGCCCAGUUUGUGAUGACCCGGAAGCUUCUGUUCUUGCAGUAUGGACACAAGACGUCAGUGCUGCAGAGCCUGCUGGGGUACCUGGCCAUGGACAGCCAGCGGCGUCCGCUCCUCAUACAGGUGCUGAAGGAGCUGCUGGAGACAUGGGGCAGCAGCAGUGCCAUCCGCCAUGCGCCCCUGGCACAGCAGCGCUACAUCAGUACAGCCAUCCUCAUCUGCCUGGCGCACCUGGGGGAGCCAGAGCUGCGAGACAGCCAGGAUGAGUUGCUGGCCAGCAUGAUGGCAGGUGUGAAAUGUCGCCUCGACAGCAGCCUGCCUGCCAUACGCCACCUGGGCAUGAUAGUGGCCGAAGUCAUCAGCUCCCGGAUCCACCCUGAGGGCCCCCCCCUGAAAUUCCAGUAUGAAGAUGAUGAGCUGAGCCGUGAGAUGCUGGCCUUGGCCACCCCCCAACCUGCGGGUGACAGCUCCUCGGAGGCAGGGGGCCCGUUCCUGGCUCCUGUUGCCACAGAGACCCCUGCAGAGACUCAUGCAGCGUCUGUGGAUGGUGGUGUUUCCUCGACUGAGCCACAGGGCUCCGAUUCAGAGCUGGACAGUGAUGAUGAGUUCAUCCCCUAUGACAUGUCAGUAGACAAAGAGCUGAAGAGCAGCAAGGCACCCCUGUAUGUCCGGGACUGUGUGGAAGCCCUGACUACAUCUGAGGACAUGGAGCGCUGGGAGGCGGCCCUGCAGGCCCUUGAGGGCCUGGUCUACAAGAGCCCUGAGGCCACUAGGGAGGUGAGUGUGGAGCUGGCCAAGGUGCUGCUGCAUCUGGAGGAGAGGACCUGCACAGCAGGAUUUGAGAACCUGCGUCAAAGAGCCCUGGUAGCUGUCACAGUCACAGACCCGGCCCAGGUAGCCGAGUAUCUGACCUCGCAGUUCUACGCCCUGAACUACAGCAUCCGGCAGCGCAUGGACAUCCUGGACGUCCUGACUCUGGCUGCCCAGGAGCUGUCUCGCCCAGGGCGCCUCUGGCGGCCUCUGCAGCGUGGCUCUCCUGGCCCCGGCCCCCAGAGCUCACCAGUACCGGCUGUCUCUCAGUCUGGUAGUGGCGCAGCUCCUGACUGGCGGGUGGUUGUGGAGGAGCGGAUCAAAAGCAAGACCCGGCGGUUCUCCAAGGGCUCUUCCCGGCGGGAGCUAUCAGGCAGCCCCAGUGACUUCAACUCUGUGGCUGGCUGCUUCUUCUUCCCCCUCAUUCAACGCUUCGACAGACCUCUGGUGACCUUUGACCUUUUGGGACAUGACCAGUUGGUUCUUGGCAGACUGACCCAUACCUUAGGGGCCUUGAUGUACUUGGCUGUUAAUACCACAGUGGCUGUGCCCAUGGGCAAGGCCCUGCUGGAGUUCGUGUGGGCUCUUCGCUUCCACGCUGACACCUACGUGCGCCAGGGCUUGCUGUCUGCCAUCUCCUCUGUUCUCCUCAGCGUACCUGCAGAGCGACUACUGGGGGACCUGCCAGAUGAGCUCCUGGAAGCCAGGUCCUGGCUGGCAGACGUGGCCGAGAAGGACGCGGACGAGGACUGCAGGAAGCUGGCAGUGAGGGCUCUGCUGCUUCUGGAGAGACUCAAAGACACGCUCCUCCCCCUCUCUUCUCCCUAGUCCCGUGGGUUCCUGCCUCAAGGGCCCCAGAUGGACCCUGGCCAACCCUCCUGGAAGAAAGUAAGGCCCCCAGGAGCGGGCCUGGGCAACACCUGGGCUUCACAGUGCACCAGAUCUGGAGGGGCAUCCAGCAACAGUGUGCCCACAGCAAGGACUCCAAACUGCCCCCACAGGACAGAGCAGCCUGAAUGCUGACUGGAGCUUGGGGCUAGGGGCACCGAGUCCAGGACCGGCAGGCUCUGGUCAGGGACCUUAGGAGGGAAGAAAGGAGGCAGCUGCUCACCCUCCACCACUCCUGCAGGGUGCCAGAAUGGAAGAGCAGGUUUAGCCUUCUGGCUCCACAGCACUGGGCUUGUCAGCACUAUCCAGGAGAAUAAACAGCAGCAGGCAUUGCACUCC